AUGCUGGCCCUUCGUGCUGCUGCUGGCCCGGCCAGACGCCAGUGCAUCCGCGCUGCUCCCCGCGCGGCGGUCUCGAUCUCUAUGCAGGCCAGAUUCUAUUCGGACAAGAAGAAGCCUGUUGCCCAGUUUACCGGUGUCAAGGGCUCCGAUGGCCUCUACCCCGUCAGCCUGAUCGAGGGUGACGGCAUCGGCCCCGAGAUCUCGGACGCCGUCAAGUCCAUCUUCAAGGCGGCCAAGGCGCCCAUCUCGUGGGAGCCCAUCGACGUCACGCCCAUCCUCAAGGACGGCAAGACGGCCAUCCCCGACGCCGCCAUCGACAGCAUCCGCAAGAACAAGGUCGCGCUCAAGGGUCCCCUGGCCACGCCCAUCGGCAAGGGCCACGUCUCGCUCAACCUGACGCUGCGGAGAACCUUCAACCUGUUUGCCAACCUGCGGCCGUGCCGCUCCGUCGCCGGCUUCAAGACGCCCUACGACGGCGUCGACACCGUCCUGAUCCGCGAGAACACCGAGGGCGAGUACUCGGGCAUCGAGCACGUGGUGGUCGACGGCGUUGUGCAGAGCAUCAAGCUGAUCACGCGCGAGGCCAGCGAGCGCGUGCUGCGCUUCGCCUUCCAGCAGGCGCAGGAGAUUGGCCGCAACAAGGUGCGCGUCGUGCACAAGGCCACCAUCAUGAAGAUGAGCGACGGCCUGUUCCUGCGCGUCGCCCGCGACGUCGCCAAGGAGUUCCCCGGCAUCGAGUUUGACGACGAGCUGCUCGACAACACCUGCCUCAAGAUGGUCACGGACCCGCUGCCCUACAACGACAAGGUGCUCGUGAUGCCCAACCUGUACGGCGACAUUCUGUCCGACAUGUGCGCCGGCCUGAUUGGCGGCCUGGGCCUGACGCCCUCGGGCAACAUUGGCGACGAGUGCUCCAUCUUCGAGGCCGUGCACGGCUCGGCGCCCGACAUUGCCGGCAAGGCGCUGGCCAACCCGACGGCGCUGCUGCUGUCGUCGAUGAUGAUGCUGCGGCACAUGGGCCUCGGCGAGUACGCCACCCGCAUCGAGAAGGCGGCGUUCGACACGCUGGCCGAGGGCAAGGCUCUGACCGGUGACCUGGGCGGCAAGGCCAAGACGCACGAGUUUGCGGCCGCCAUCAUCGAGAAGCUGUAA